CCCGCGCCGUGUUGCCCCAUGAAGCCGGCCGUGCACGCGCCCAGUGCUUGACUCCAUGGCCACGGGCGCCAUGGGCGCCGGGCUCGGCCGCGCCCGCGGCUUCCGCGGCUUCCGCGGCCUCCGCGGCGCUUUCCGGCUCGAUGCCGCGCGGGGCAUCACCUACACGCCCUCCAUGGUGUCCAUGGAGGCGCUUAGGGCAAGGCAGCCCCGGGAGCUCCUGCAGACCGACGUCUUCAGGACGGUGCCGCCGGAGGACAUGACGCCCAUGGACCUCGCGGAGCUGGCCACCGCGCAGGUGGCCACCAACCCGGCCAAGGUAUUGGAGGUCUACAAGCGUCAUGCUCGAAGCGGCGGCUGCGACCCCGCAGUCCUGAUCCGGGCGUUUGCGCAGCUGGGCUUUCUCUUUGACCCCAACUCCUUCUUCUCCAACUCGGAUCGCCAGAUCCUCACGAGGCACAGGACCUUCCGCAGCCUGGCCCAUGACCUGUGGAAGGUCCGCGGGGAGCUUCCGCCCGCAGCCGCGCCGCUGCUUCUCUAUUCCAUGGCUUCGCUGGACUACCGCUGCGUGCCACUGCUGCCCACUCUCCUGGAAUCGGUGGAGACCAACCUCAGGUCCUGGCGCUUGGAGGCGCUGAGUUUGCUGCUGCACUCCUUGGCUUCCCUGGGCCUGGCGGAGGGCCCGGUGAUCUUCGAUACCCAGGACCAGAGGAGCUCGGACUACGGCUCUUUGUGCCAGGCCCUGGCACUGGAGCUGGGCCGCAGGGCGGCUGACCAACAGCUGGGCCGUGACGGCGCGUGCCAGGACUGGGCGAGGGCAGCCUUCGCGGUGGUCAUGUCUGGGGACUACGACCUGGAAGAAGAGGGUCAGAAGGUUCUGCCACUCUUCAUCGAUCGCGCUUGCGAACAGCUGGAGAACAAGCUGGAGGUGGAAAACUCCGGCUGGGCCCAGUUCUUCCUAUACCAAGUCCUCUAUUGCGUGGACGUGGAGAAGCCGGCGUGUGAAGAGGCGGUGAAGCGGGCUAUGCCCAUGUGGAUCCAGGAGCUGCUGCACCACCGCUGGCUGGACAACAUCGUGCUGUCCGCGCAGCCACAGGGCGCGGAUGAGAUGCAGCGGGACCUGGAUCGUUGCCUGCAGCGCACCAACACCCAGGCGCUGCUGAACUGCUCCUUUGGCCGCGACUGGGACGAGCAGCAUUGCUGGUUCGCAGGCUUUUUGAUGGAGCCGAAGGUCGCGCUGGAGUGUGACAGCAUGCUUCCACUGGGCGUUGGACGGCCAAAACCUUCAGGAUGGUUGGCCCUGAAGAGCCGCAUCGCGCGAAAGGUUGGCUUGCGGGUGGUCACGCUGCACGACUGCUUCUGGCGACAUCUCACGGAGGAUCAAAAAGAUGAGCAAAUGCUUCGGAUCCGGCUUCAGGUGGGAUAUCGCCACAACAAAGACCUGGAACAGCAGCGGAAGAAGAUCCGACAGACACCGCACACCUACAAGGGCCUGGAAAGCAAGCGUAAGGAGUGGGCUCCGCAGCCAGGGCCGGCCUCGGAUGAGAGAGCCUUCACUUAGGGCGCAG